AAAUUUGUAGGGGUUGUAGCCGCAGCGAAUCCAUCCCACAAAAUAUCUCUCACGCUUCAUAAACCCUUGCUUCGCCUCAUUUCCUCAUUUCUAAAACCCUAAAUCCCUUCUUUCGUAAACAGACUUAGAAACUGGAAACAUGAUGAGCAUAACCCUUAGACGGUCAACUUCGCAAGCCCCAAAGCGGGUUCUUGCUGCCUUAACCUCGUUCGAAACCCUCCUACACCACCAAUUCUCAUCGGCGGCGGCUGCUGCAUCAGCCCUUGCUCUGCCCAGAAAUGGCGUCCUCUCUGUUGAUAGUAAACCCUUUGGGGUUACUCAUAAUAAUAACUAUAAUAAAUGGAGGGACUUUCAUGUGAAAUCAGGGCCCUUGGAUUUCAAGGCUUCGCCGAUGCCGCAGGCAGAGUUUGCCGUAGACGAUUAUGGGUACGAGGAAGAGAAGGGGAGUAAUGGAAAAGGGAGUAUAAGUAUGAAUAGCAGUGAAGAGGGGCUUGAGAUUGGAAAGCUCGGGAUUUCUCAACAGAUUGUCUCUGCUUUGGCUCGUAGGGGUAUCACUUCACUCUUUCCCAUUCAGAAAGCCGUGCUGGAACCAGCAAUGAAAGGAAGGGACUUGUUUGGACGGGCUAGAACAGGAACAGGGAAAACACUUGCAUUUGGAAUUCCCAUUAUGGAUCAAAUCAUUCAGUUUAAUGAUAAGCACGGAAAGGGGAGGAACCCUUUGGCACUGGUUAUGGCUCCAACAAGGGAACUUGCGCGCCAAGUUGCUAAGGAGUUUACGGAGUCUGCACCCAACCUGGAUACCAUAUGUCUUUAUGGUGGUACACCGCUUGUACGUCAAAUGAAGGAGCUUGAUUAUGGUACUGAUGUUGUUGUCGGAACACCUGGCCGCAUUAUUGAUCUGAUGAAGAGAGGUUCUCUAAAUCUUUCAGAGGUUCAGUUUGUUGUUCUUGACGAAGCUGAUCAGAUGCUUGGUGUGGGUUUUGUCGAUGAUAUUGAGACUAUAUUCCAGAGGUUGCCAAAGAAUCGGCAAAGCAUGCUAUUCUCUGCAACAAUGCCAAGUUGGAUUAAAAACCUUGUCAGGAAUUACCUUAAAGAUCCGCUUACUAUUGAUCUCGUUGGAGAUUCUGAUAGGAAGCUGGCUGAUGGAAUUACUCUCUAUAGAGUUGCCUCAGACAUGUAUGCAAAAGCAUCAAUACUUGGUCCUUUGAUAACGGAACAUGCCAAAGGGGGAAAGUGCAUUAUUUUUACUGAAACAAAACGUGAAGCUGAUAGAUUAGCGUAUGCUAUGGCAAGAAACUUUAGAUGUGAGGCUUUGCAUGGGGACAUCUCGCAGUCUCAGAGAGAGAGGACGCUUGCAGGCUUCCGAACUGGGAAUUUUAAUAUAUUAGUUGCCACUGAUGUUGCUGCUCGUGGCCUUGAUGUUCCCAACGUUGAUCUGGUAAUACAUUAUGCAUUGCCGAACUGUUCAGAGACUUUUGUUCAUCGAUCUGGCCGUACUGGUCGUGCUGGCAAGAAAGGAACUGCCAUUCUUAUUUACACACCGGAACAAUUCCGGCAAGUCAGCAUGUAUGAGCGGGAAAUAGGAUCCAGGUUUACAGAGCUUCCUAGGAUCACCGUUGAGGAUGGAGGCAUAGACAUGAACAUGGGUAAUGAAGGUCGAUUUGGAGGCAUGAGAGAUCGUCGUUUCAGUGAUACAGGUUUUGGUCGAUCGGGUGGUCGUGGGGAUUAUGGACCUAGUCGUUCUGGAGGAUACAGGAGUCCUGGGUUUGGGAAUUCUGGACCUGGUCGUUUUGGUUAUAACAGAAACCAACCAGGGAAUUUUAGUGGUUCUGGUGGUUUUGGUGAAUCAAGUAGAUCAGAUCGUUCUGGUGGUUUUGGAAAUUUUGGUUUUGGUGAAUCAGGCAGAUCAGAUCGUUCUAGUGGUUUUGGAAGUUUUGGUUCUGGCCGUUCUAGUGGAUUUGGUGAUAGUAGUUCAAGCAGAACCAGUGGUGUAUUCAGUGAUUCUCGUUCCAGUCGAUUUGGGAGCUUUGGAGACGUCAAAACUGAUGAUUUUAACACUGGGAAAAGACAAUUCUGAUUAAGUGGUAAAAAAACCACAAAUUGCAGGUGGUGGAAAUGGUCGCAUGGAGUAAGAUACAAAGAGGAUUCAAGGAGGCUGCUUCCCAACAUUACAAGGAAUUGCUAAUUUUUCUAUUCAUAUUAAUAUGCAAGUAAUCCGACAUUUUGUUGUCUAUGUAUAUUAGUGUUUGUUAUCAAGAUACUUGUUAGUAUUCAUAUAUGGAAACUAGUGCUCUCACAUCUAUUGUAUUUCUUUAGUAAGAGUUCAGUAGAUUCAUUACUAUUCAUAAUGGCUAACUGAAUAAAUAUACUAUUCAGUUUUAUAAUUUUAAUUUUACUGGCACCUCAAAUUUGGAUGAAA